CUCACUGCGUAUCAUUGAGUGCAUUCGCUUGCUCCAUUCAGUCAGAGCAUUUCUUGUGCAAAAUACAAAUACCUGUCCCUCCAACCAUGUCUAGGUCUGUGGAGCCUCUCAUAGUUGGGCGGGUGAUUGGAGAAGUUCUCGACUCCUUUAACCCAUGUGUGAAGAUGAUAGUGACCUACAACUCAAACAAACUUGUAUUCAAUGGCCAUGAGAUCUACCCAUCAGCUGUUGUAUCUAAACCUAGGGUAGAGGUUCAAGGGGGUGACUUGCGGUCUUUCUUCACAUUGGUUAUGACGGACCCAGAUGUCCCAGGACCAAGUGAUCCAUAUCUAAGGGAGCACCUUCAUUGGAUCGUGACUGAUAUACCUGGGACAACAGAUGCCUCCUUUGGGCGAGAGGUCAUAAGCUACGAGAGCCCAAGACCAAACAUUGGUAUCCACAGGUUCAUUUUUGUGCUCUUCAAGCAGAAGGGUAGGCAAACUGUAACUGUGCCAUCCUCCAGAGAUCAUUUCAACACUCGGCAGUUCGCUGAGGAAAAUGACCUUGGCCUCCCUGUAGCUGCUGUCUACUUCAAUGCACAGAGAGAAACUGCAGCUAGGAGACGCUGAAAAUUCCAGCUCUUAUUGUCCACCUGAUGAUAAAUAAGGGCCUUCUGAUGUUCUUUCUAGGAAGUCAAUGAACUUAUUUUACAUUAAAUUCUCCCAAGUCCUGAGCCCUACCCUAUAAUAAACCAGAUGCAUUUUGCUGAUUGUAUUAAUUAGUACUAGAAUGUUUUGUAAGUUGGAAGAAUGAGAAUUAUGAAUGAUUCAUGCUUGUGGUAAA